UUUGAACGCGAUAAUAGUGCGCCAUCAGGUUUGCUCCCAGUUUUACGGUGGAUUUACGGGGAGAAAUCUUUUAGGUUUUGUCUCUUUUUUUUCCGUGUCCACCCCGGGGGUUACCUAUGAUAAAGCUGUCCUUCAACUGCCCCCCUCCGUAGAGAUUUUGGAAGACGCUUUUCAUCUAUUCCGCUCUUCGUUAUAUUUUCGUCAAGCAGGCGUUAUCAAAAUUCAUGGCGGGCAAUCGACACAACACCGAAGUUCCUUACCAAAACUAUGAUAAAUUGAAGCAGACGAUACUGAUGAAACGUCAACGCGGCAAACCGGAACUGUUCAUAGAUCCGUCAUUUCCGCCGGAUCUUUCGUCACUCACAUACGUGUACAUAGGAGAUGAUAGAUACGAAAGGACGAAAUUCGCCAGACCCCUUGAAAUAUAUCCAACUGGAGCCUUUGCAGGCGUUUGUGGAGUUUGGAAUGUACCGUUUCCAUGGAAACACUUUAAAAAGAGAGGAUGGAUUCAGGCGGCAGUUCAAGUGCUAUCUCUGGCUGUCCGCUUCAUGGAAAAAGUCAUUCCUGGGUACAGGAAAUGUGAACAGAACUUCGAGGAAGACUACAUUGGUGCCUUCCGGUUCAACAUCUGGCGGUUCGGUCAGUGGGUGGAAACCACGGUGGACGACCAUCUCCCGGUGUUGGACGACAAGCUUAUGUACUGUAACGCACUGGGGGAACCCCCGGAGUUCUGGGGAGCGCUGCUGGAAAAGGCGUACGCCAAAUUCAAUAAAGCAUACGAGACAAUAGAAUACGGCGAUAUACUGGACGCCCUGACCGACCUUACUGGUGCCAUCUGUGAAUACUUCACCCCCGACGUUAACCCCCCGGAGCAGUUUUUCUACACGCUGUAUACCUCCGUUGUCAAUCGGUCCUUAGUCGUCUGCUGGCGAAACGAGAAAAGGCUGACCUGGUCCGGAUUCAACUUUGAAGGGAAAGAAGAACUAGCCAGUGAUUCAGACAAUAUCAGAUAUCUGCACAUCGUUACGGCUGUGUCGAAGUUUCCACUGGUAGACGGAAGGGAAGUUGAGGUUGUGAGGCUGAGGUGUUUCUUUCCUAAUGAACCUAGAUGGAAUGGAAAGUUCUCAAACAGAUUGUAUUUCAGUGACACAACCUCAUGGGCAGAUAUCAGCAAAGAUUUUUUCGAGCAAUAUUCGCCGCUUAAAAACAAAGAAGACAACGAAUACUGGAUGACGCUCAACGAUUUUCAGUGUAAUUUUGGCGGACUAAUUAUUUGUAGCGAGGCGGAUCCAUACCACCCGGAAGGGUUCGGAUUAGAGCGGUCAUACACGUGUAAGACAGAGAAGGUUCCCGACCUUGUUUAUAUUCUCCAUUCUCAGAGGAGAAUGUCGGAACGUAGAUCGUCAAGCCUCAAAGCAAGAGAUCAUGGCAAAAUGAGAAGCUAUGUUAGUGAAAAGGUUAAGAAAAAAGUAAACGAAAUUAAAGUGACAGAAUCGAAUCUUACUGUAAAAAUGGACACGUGCCGACGUCGAAGUACCGGCGACGCCACAGUGACGUCAGAUAACAUUACCCAUAUAUCAUACCCGGGGUGUAUAUCUUACGAUCACACAACAGAAGGACAACUAAAAUGCCAAAUGUACACUUCCCGAAAGCACCAGUCAUUACCACAUGAAGAGAUUUAUAAUUCGAUCAAUACCCGAGUUUCUUUUGAACUGGAGAGCUCGAAUAGCACGUCAGACAUAUCGGUGAUUAUCUCACGGCCGCACAGCGCGCCGAUGUCGUCUGGGGAAACCGACUCAAAGUACGGGUCCUCGGGUUCGGUAUCCCAGCUGACACAGAGCAACUUUCUCGCUACAAGAAAAGACUUUUUCAGACCCCGAGGGGGUUGGAAGCAGAUUAUAGAGCAGCGAGGAUGUUGGUGUAAAAGCACGAGUGGCAUUCAACCGUCCAAUCUGGAUUUGCUAAGCAAGUGUCCAAGAAUCCCAAUAACGCUUGUUAGGAAAGAUGACGAACAGAAGCAGCCUCGAUCUAGAUAUCAAAAAAAGAAUCUUAUUCUGAUCUCCCUGCUUCAAGACUACAGACACGGGAUAGAACACUCCAACAAUAUGCCGGUGCAGUUUGGAUUUAGCCUGUUCAGGUGUAAGAACGCAGAACAUGGCGAGAAGAAACUGUUAUCAAAGCUUCAGUUUGUGUCAAACGUAGAAUCAAAGUUUGAGGCGAGAGAAAUCAAAACGAGGCAAUCUCUUGACGACGGUUGCUAUGUAGUUGUACCAUACUGCCUCACCUCAGGACACGAGGGAGAAUUUUUGGUUCGAAUCAUAGGCGAGAAAGAUAUGCUAGAAAAUAAAAAUGGAUGCGUACUUUCUUAACGAGAUCGAUUCAUUUCGUGAACAUUGCACAAAGGCAACAAUUAUUAAUAUAUUUGUGUUAGUCAAUCUUAUUUUUUAUAUAAACAUAUUGUCGCUUUUAUGUGCCUUUUACUUCAUGUCUUUGCUGCUUUUUUCAUGAGCUGUAUAAAUUCAGUGUUAUUAUACAUUUGCUUUAUUUUU